AAAAAAAACAGUUAACACGCUCUUCUGAGACCUUACCCGCCGCCGGCAAACAAAACCGUCGAUUCAAGCAAACACUCUCUCUCCUUAGGUCUCUUCGUUCUCGUUGAUCGUUGAAGAAUGGGUGUACCGGCGUUUUACCGGUGGUUAGCGGAGAAGUAUCCGUUGAUAAUAUCAGACGUCGUCGAGGAAGAGCCCGUUGAGAUCGAGGGGAUCAAGAUCCCGGUGGACACCAGUAAACCUAACCCUAACAAUCUCGAAUACGACAAUCUUUACCUUGACAUGAACGGUAUCAUCCAUCCUUGCUUCCACCCCGAAGACAGGCCGUCUCCGACUACCUUUGAGGAGGUGUUUCAGUGCAUGUUUGACUAUAUCGAUAGGCUUUUUGUGAUGGUGAGGCCGAGGAAGCUACUAUUCAUGGCUAUUGAUGGUGUUGCUCCAAGAGCUAAAAUGAAUCAACAACGAUCUAGACGGUUUAGAUCUGCUAAAGAUGCUUCCGAUGCUGCUGCUGAAGAAGAAAAGCUGAGAGAGGAGUUCGAGAGGGAGGGAAGAAAACUCCCACCCAAAAUCAACUCCCAAGUCUUCGAUUCCAACGUCAUCACACCAGGAACAGAGUUCAUGGGCGUCCUCUCCAUCGCCCUCCAGUACUACGUCCACCUCAGGCUCAACCACGACGUUGGAUGGAAAAACAUCAAGGUCAUCCUCUCGGACGCAAACGUUCCAGGGGAAGGGGAGCAUAAGAUCAUGUCCUACAUCCGUCUUCAAAGAAACCUCCCUGGUUUUGACCCCAACACUCGGCACUGCUUGUACGGACUGGACGCUGACCUGAUCAUGUUGGGGUUGGCGACACAUGAAGUUCAUUUCUCAAUUCUUAGAGAGGUGGUGUUCACUCCUGGACAGCAGGACAAGUGCUUCUUGUGUGGUCAGAUGGGCCACAUGGCUGCGGAUUGCGAAGGGAAAGCGAAGAAGAGGGCGGGUGAGUUUGAUGAGAAGGGCGAUGGUUUUGUCAAAAAGCCAUAUCAGUUUCUUCAUAUAUGGAUACUGAGGGAGUACUUGGAGUAUGAAAUGAGGAUACCGAACCCGCCGUUCGAGGUUGACCUGGAGCGGAUUGUUGAUGAUUUCAUCUUCAUAUGUUUCUUUGUUGGCAACGAUUUCUUGCCGCAUAUGCCAACUCUGGAGAUUCGAGAGGGGGCUAUCAACUUGCUUAUGGCUGUUUACAAGAAGGAGUUUAGGUCAUUUGACGGUUAUUUAACUGAUGGUUGCAAGCCAAAUUUGAAGAGGGUAGAACAGUUCAUUCAAGCUAUAGGAUCAUUCGAAGACCAGAUAUUUCAGAAAAGAACCAGGUUACAUCAGAGACAAGCUGAAAGAAUAAAAGGAGAUAAAGCACGGAAAAGAAGAAUGGACGAUGCAGCUCCCACUUUCCAACCAGAGUCUCUUGUCCCUGUUGAAAGAUUCACCGGUUCUCGACUCGCCUCGGCUCCUGCUCCAUCACCGUUUCAGUCUAGUGAUGCUGCUCCUCAUCAGAAAGCUAGACGUCUGUCUUCUUCAGGUUCCAGUAUUGGUGCUGCUCUUGUCGACGUUGAGAACAGUCUUGAACCUGACGAGAACGAGAACAAGGAAGAACUAAAAACAAAGCUCAAGGAGUUGAUCCGUGAGAAAUCAGAUGCUUUUAACUCUGAUACUCAUGAAGAGGAUAAGGUGAAGCUUGGGGAACCUGGAUGGAGAGAGAGAUAUUAUGAAGAGAAGUUCUCAGUUUCAACCAUUGAAGAGAUGGAGAAACUACGAAAGGAUGUUGUCCUGAAGUACAUAGAAGGCCUUUGUUGGGUCAUGCAUUACUACAUAGAAGGUGUUUGCUCCUGGCAGUGGUUUUAUCCUUACCAUUAUGCACCGUUUGCAUCUGAUCUAAAGGAUCUGGGAGCGCUGGAUAUUAAGUUUGAGUUAGGAACUCCAUUUAAGCCUUUCAACCAACUCCUUGGGGUGUUCCCAGCUGCAAGUGCGCAUGCUCUUCCAGAGCGCUAUAGGACCUUGAUGACAGAUCCUAACUCACCCAUCAUUGAUUUCUACCCAACUGAUUUUGAAGUUGACAUGAAUGGGAAGCGUUACUCCUGGCAGGGUAUUGCUAAGCUGCCUUUCAUUGAUGAAAGACGCCUUCUAGAGGCUGUUUCCGAAGUGGAGUUCACAUUGACGGAUGAAGAGAAGCGUAGAAACAGCAGGAUGUGUGACAUGCUUUUCAUAGCAACGUCUCAUCGCCUUGCUGAGCUCAUCUUUUCUCUUGACAACCAUUGUCGGCAACUGAGUGCCAGGGAGAGAGUAGACCUUAAGGUUCAGAUCAAACCUGAGCUCAGUGAUGGUAUGAACGGCUACUUGACCCCGUGUUCAGGGGAGACUCACCCUCCUAUAUUCAGGUCCCCAAUGGAGGGUAUGGAGGACAUCUUGGCUAACCAAGUCAUAUGUUGCAUUUACAGACUUCCGGAUGCACAUAGCCACAUAACCAGACCUCCUCCUGGUGUCAUCUUCCCUAAGAAGAUUGUGAACAUUGGUGACUUGAAACCCCCACCUGCUCUUUGGCAUGAGGACAAUGGAAGGAGACCAAUGCAUAAUAAUAACAAUAACCAUUAUAAUAACAACAAUAAUCAUUAUAAUAAUAACAAUAAUCAUGGAAGGCAAAACCCACCUGGAAGUUUAUCUGGAAGGCACCUAGGAGACGCAGCACAUCGUCUUGUCACCAACAGCUUGCAUAACAGAACAGCAGAUGCACAUACCCAGCAUCAUCAUCAUGGUCACGCUUACAAUCAACCUCCGUAUGUUCCACCGGUUCCUUACCAAUAUGGUGGCUACAAUGCUGCUCCACACGGUGUGCAAGACUAUGCUCCACCACAGUCGAGACAAGCUCCGCCGUAUCAAAGCCGAGGUGGGUACCAACCUCGUGGAACCAGUGGGAGAUUCCCAUCAGAUCCUUACCCGGUGCAGCAGUCACGAGGAGGUCACCACCACCGUGACAACAGAGGAGGAGGAGGGUAUUCUGGUGGUUACAAUCAACGCCAACAACAACAACAACAACAUUGGGAUGGUGGUGAGGAGCAUUAUAACCAGCGAGGAGGGUAUAGUGGUCAGCAUCAUCGUCAGCAAGGUGGUGACCGCAACCGUAGAGGAGGUGGGAGUCAUCAUCAUCAUCAUGAUCAAGGCCCUAGACAUCGGUAUUAAAGCAUACUGGUUAGUUGUUUGUAUCAUUAGAGUUGAGCCUGUUCUUGGUUCUUUGGUUUAAAUGGAUUAAGAGCUAGCUACUUGGGAAAAACUAUAGGUGGAUUACAUUAAUUGGCUUGCAACAAUUUUUAUUAUUAUCUUGUGUAUCAUUUAUUUACUCAUGGUUUUAUAGUAUACCUUUUCCCAAAGGUAACUUUUUUUUU